AUGGAUCUAACUGAAGAAGAGGUGGACGAAGCGUAUGGAGAAGAAAUUCAUGACGAAACUGAGCAUUUAUUAUUUGCGGAGAGAAGUGGAGAUUUCGCAUCACAUCAAGCCUUCAAACAGUUCAAAAGCAAGAAUCGCCAAUAUGGUAAUGCUGUUUGUCCUGAGUGCAAGCAAUCUUUUGUUAAUUCUGCGAGGUUGGAGAGACAUCUGGCUGUCCACCAAGUAUUCGGCGCGUAUCUAUGCCCUCUCUGUGGAAAAACUUACAAAUACGAGUACAAUCUGUUCUUUCAUUGGCGAAAAACGUGUCAAUAUUUGAACGAACUGCUCAAAGUUGAGCAAAGAAAGAAUAUGGAUGUCCAAUCACUGCGCCUUCUUGUUGAAGAAGUGGUGGUCAAACGGAAGGAGACGGAACCAGUCGACAUUGGGAUAUCAUCUAAGGCCCUUUUCCAAGGAGGUUCAUCGGUUGAUCUGGAGAUGCCCAUCGAUCCUCAAAGCCCACUUGCUCGGGCAUGCAUGAUCUGCGGUAUUCUGGUACACAGAAAUCAUCUCCCUCAGCACGAGGCUUUGCAUGGUUCUACAACUGAAAGUGGAUUGAAACUAUUGGAUAUGCAGUCACCGAGUGGCGGCUAUUACUGUGAUUUAUGCGGUGUAGCAUUCAGGCGAAAAGAAAAUUUGUACAGUCAUUGGAGAUCCAGUUGCCCGGAAAUAAUGGCGAAUAUUGAGCCAGGAUCAGAGUUGUUUCUCAGUGAUGUGGAAUUGAAAACAAUGGUUUUAAAUUUACUGAUGCGAUUGAGGCGAAUGUUUCGUCAAUCACCACUUCGCCCUAUUCGUACAAACAGGGGAAGUUUGGCUGAGGAUCAUUCACUUCAUUCUCCUUCGCUUGCGGAGGAAGCUCGGAAUUUCAACAGUAGGAUCCCCACAGAUAUGAAAGAAAGAGGUUCAUCGAUCUUAAAUGGAAGCGAGAACACACUGGUAUUCAUGGAUGACUACGUUAGUCCGGUAGAUACAGUGGUUAAUAUUGACGGAGAACUUGUCAAUGUAGUUUCGGCGGAUCGGGGGAAAUGGAAUAUCUCUGAAGAUGGGAAGCCGCUAGAAUGCCCUGAUUGUUUCCGGCAAUUCGCUAACGCAGGUCGUCUGGAGCGUCAUAUUUCUGGAUUUCAUUCUCAUUAUGGUGCAUUCAAGUGCUUGCUAUGCGGACACAGAUUCAAAUAUGACUACAAUCUCUUGUUUCAUUAUCGUCAUAGCUGUGCAUAUACGAAGUUGUUGGUGGGUGCUGACGUCCGGAAACUGCUGGAUGCCGCUUCCCUGAGAAAGCUUGUUGCUCAAAUCAAACAAAGGGAUCCAGAAUUGCGACCGGGAAGCUCACGACUGGUCAAUAUUAAACGACGACCUUCUAUAAAAGCUAUACCGAGAAACAUUCUACCGCUUGGAAAGAAUUCUGAAAAAGCGAAGUCGAAGCGUGGAUUAGAGGAAGGAAAGAAGUGCCCAGUCUGUGAUGUCGUCUUCUAUGGUCAAAAAUCUUUAGAUAAACACAUAGGAACCGUUCAUUUGCUCUGCCCAAAAUUUCUUGAUAAAGCAAUCACUAGGGAAUCCACUUCACCUGUUUUGACGCACGAUACGAGUGACGACGGGCCAACUAUAACGCUGUCUUCUUCAGUCGAAAAAGAUCCAACUCUUGAUAUGAGAAGGAAAAAUGCAGCACAGCUAGAUUCAUAUGAAGUGCGGAAUUCCACAGAGGAUGUGGAUGCUCCUCCAGUUCUUGAGAUGCAAACUCCUGGUGAAGUGGUACCAACUCCAACUCGCUGCAUUGAUGUAAAUGGGGACGAGAUCACGGAUUUCGAUGCGGAUCAGCUGUCAGAGAUGGACAUCAUGCUUUAUUCCGGAGAACUUGCGCUUGGAGAUCUUGUAUUAACGACAAGCUGCGGUGAGGAGGUCGAGUAUCGUGUUGCUGUUGGUACUCGACAUGGACGUCAAAUAGUUCUAGAAAGGACUAACAAAUCUCCUAAAUCCGUAGCAGUGAAAGCUCAAGAAGAAACGACGAGGAAAGAGAGUCAUGAUCGCCAACAAACAAAUGAAAUUCCAUCUCGAAGGACAACUAUAAAAGAAGACAAGAAUAUUGGAAACGAGCAAAACUUCUCAUAUCAAAAUGACGAUAAUCGAGGAGAAUAUAUUGACUUUAUCGAAGAAGAUGAGCUACGGGAAUGCGUUAAUGAGGAGAACAAUGAAGUCGAUUAUCAGGACAGCCACCUUGUGGAGUAUGAAAUUGAUGGUACGGUUGAAGAAGGAGAAAGACAAUUGGUGCGAAUUGUGGACAAUAGAGGACAACAAAUGCAUCAUUACUUGAACAACGGAUACAUGUCUUGUGGUGGUUUCGCUCAGUACGUAGAAGACGAUAACGGGCAAAAGAUAGUAGAGUUUGUAAAAGGAGACGAUGGAGAGCAAGUCGUUCAUUACUUCAACGCAAACAACAUGACGGACGAAGAGGUUAUAAUGUAUUUGAAAUCACAGUUUUCUUCGAUCUCGAAUUUAAAAGAUGAAGUCGGCUCAUAUCAAGCGAAAGGAAGCAGCAAAGAUACUGGUCGUUAUCCUACAUUGAAUGGGAGCUCAUCAGCUUCUAACAGCAUGCCAGAAGACUUUAUGCAGGAGGAGUAG